CCGAGCCCAAGGCAGUGGGUUCAGAGGCAGUUCAGUUUGUUUCUGCAUCCUGGAGUUUCCUGCAGCACUGUCGGCUUCAGAUCAACCAGCUGUGCGUGUGGAAGGUAUGAAACUGAAUGCAGAAGAGUUCAAUGCAAUAUUCACAUUUUAUGACAAGGAUGGAAAUGGUUACAUUGACAGUCACGAGCUGGAUGCAUUACUGAAAGAUUUGUAUGAGAAAAAUAAGAAGGAGAUGGAUAUUAAGAAAAUGACUGCGUACAAGAAAAACAUCCUGUCUCUGUCGCACGGUGGCAAGCUGUAUCGGAGAGAGCUGGAGAUGAUAUUGUGCACAGAACCUUUGUAGAAAGGGUCUCGCUGACAAAGAAAGCACCGCCUACGUCAUUCACGGCACCAUCCACCCACAGAACAAAACUGUGGUCUGAAAAGCACAGUUUUAUCCUGCAGAUUAAAAAUGCCAGAAGGGAUAGGUGUCAUUCUUUUCUAUGUCUCUCCUUUCCCCCAGCAUCUUAAAGCAACAAAUGGUAUAAUUAUAUACGUACGUACAUACAUACAUACAUAUACAUAUAUAAUAUAUAUAUAUAUACUGUAAUAUAUACACAGAGAGAAGCACAUUGUGUUUUGGUAAAUGCUUUUGUUUGCUAAAAGUAUGCCUGGGAUUUAAAGCAGAAGAUCAGUUAAGCAAGAGGCAAUUAAUUUUUGAUUACUCUGCUGCAUUCACAUUCAAUAUCUUGUCCUGGCUCUGAAGUUUCGAUAGUCCACAGGCUGAAGGGUUAGCAGGAUCUGUGCUGGCUGGCCUGCCUCCCAUUUGUGUGAGGAAGGAUCAGGUCUCGUACAUCUCUGGCCUGGCAUCGUUCACUGCCUUUCCCAUCCAUCCCUCUCUCCAAACGAAAUCCACCUUCAAUUAUUCGGGUCCUCCAAGUAAAGUGGUUGGUGAGAUUGAAAGAUAAGAUUCAUAAAGUUUAGAGGUAAAGAGAUGUCGAGCAGAAUCUCUUCACCCAAAGGGCAAUUCAGAUUCAGCUUUUAUAUAUCACAGGUACAAUGAGAUGCAUCAGCAACCAACACACCCUAAGGAUGUGCUGCGGGCAGCCCGCAAGGGUUGCCACCCCUUCUGGCACCAACAUUCAACAUUCUGGAUAGUUGAGGCAGAAAUCGGUAACAAAGGACAUUGAAUAAACAAUUAGAAUUCUUCCUUCACCACAACAGAUCCGGUAAAGAAAAUGGGAAUGUUGGAAAAACUCUGUGGACGGGCAGCAUCUGUGGAGAGAGUGCCAGAUUCAACACUUCUGGUCGAUGAACUUCUGUUGGAACUCUCAGAGUAGUUCCCGGCAUGAAAGGUCAGGCGCUUCUCCCUCCAGAGAUGCUGUCCGGCCUGUUGAAUGUUUCCACCUUUGAGUAUGUGAGAUUACUGGAAGGAGCCCAGGCUGAAUGAGCAGGCCUUGAGCUGACGUGGUGACUGAGUCCUGGAGCACUACAGCAUGGAAACUGGUCCAUGCUGAACUAUUCUGUCUAGUCCCAUUGACCCCUCACCUCUUAAAUGUCGCAAUUGAGACUGCACCCACCACUUCCGCUGGCAGCUGGCUCCACCCUCUGGGUGAA